CUCAAAACUACUGCUCUUUUCACUCUCCAAAACUCCCAACUAGUCAACUCUACAGUCAGCUCAGCUCUCUUAUUAGUCUCCUUAAUCGUCCCAAUAAUUAUUCAUCCACAGAAGACAGAAAAACAAAGCAGCCAUGAGCAACGAAUCCGGCUGUUUCUCCGCCGUCGUGCGCCUGCUUCUCUGCAAAGGCCAUCUCCAAACCCACCCAUCUGAUCCCAUCCCCGACCCAAUCCUCCAUACCAAUCGCUCCUGCUUCAUCCCUCCCAAAGAUCUCUACUUCGAUUGCCAACAUGUUGGCAGCGACGGGACUCGAAUCCCUCCAGCUGCUCCACCGGGGAUAGUGGCAAGGCUGAUGGGUUUGGACUCCCUGCCGCCGGCGACCACUUCCUCAAAUUGGCGGAGAAGCUCCGCCGCCGCCCGUCACUCCGUUAGCAGAAGCAGGUCCGUGAAUUUCGUGGACUACUUGCUACACCUCGACUUGUCAUCGCCGUCACCUUCCUCUAACGCGCAGCACCGUCGGGUCAGAACUUCCGCAUCCUUCAGAGAAGAGAUACUCGCUGCGCAAGAUCACCCCGAUUUCUUCCUACUUUACUUGGAAGAUACUAAUAAAGCAGAGAAACCCAAGGCAAGAAUCGGGUCCAAAGUAACUACAAAAUCCGAGAUCCGUAGUACCAUUUCUGGGCAGUCGAAACAGAGGAGAGAAGAGGGUAGAAUUAGAAGCAAGGGCAAGGAGAUGGAUGAUCAGAAACAAAUUGAACAGAGAAAAAAGACAAAGAAGAAGAGAGUUGCGGCGGUGGCUGGUGGUGCUGCUGAUAAACCAAAACCGAGUGCCAACGCCAGAGGAAACCAAGUUGCAGGUUCAGUUGUUGUUGGCUCUGUUUCUCAGCUCAAGAAGAAGGUGCAGAGCCAUCGGAGGAAAUGCCCGGAGAAACCCAGCGUGAAUCAGAAGGAAGUGAUGGUCGAGUCCAACUUCAUGAAGAAGAUUAAGAAUCAGAAACCAAUUGCAAUAGAUGAUGGAACUGCUAGUUCAAUUCAAACCCCUGCCUCUCGUUUGUCAGGCAAGAAAAGAGGUGCUAAGCAAAGUCGUGAAACGAAAGGUACCCUUUCAAGGCCUAGUUUGCAGAAGAAGGAAGCAGCCGGGCUCGGUGGUGACUACUUGGAGCGUAAGCAACCGUCGGCGGUGAAUCAGGUGGAUACAGCAAGAUAUGUGGCCCAGUUGGUGGAGGAAGAUGUGAAAGGGACGGUCUGGAUUAAGAACCAGAAGAAGAGGAGUAAUGGCGAUGACGUGGAGGAGGUGUAUGAAUGGCUUGAAGAGAUAUUCGUGGAAUUAGGGCAGCAAUUGCUGGAUCUGCUUCUUGGACAAGCCGUUGAACAACUUGUUUGAGUUUUGACUGACUGGGCACGAAGUCAGUUCAUUAGGGACGGUACGGUUAGGGAUAAAUGUGAACGUGAAACCGGUUCUAGCUUGACUUUUGUUUUAGUAGCUGGGCUGGGUGUGCUGUGUGCAUCAGUGCAUGUGCUGCCAGAGACGACAUACGAACCCCAAAAUGGGUGUGGUGUGAAAUUCACGUGGAUAGUUGCAGGUUUUUAUCCGGCCAGGGAGGUGGUUCCAUUUUGAUUGUACAAAGACUCAUGUCAACUCGGAAGGACGACCAACAUUAAUUGUUUUAAUUCACUUUUUUUGUUUCCUUUUUGCUGAACCACACUCUUAUUAAACUAGCAAUGUCAAU